CUGGACCUGGAGCUGUGGCCAAGUGCUGGAAAACCUGAAUAACUACCUUCCCGGGCCCUCGUUUUGGAACUCCUCCACGGCCUCCGCGCCGUCCAAGUGGUCUCUGCACGGUGGCGUGCAGGACCUGUGUGCCAAAACAUACCGUGGUGAGUACCGCUACUCUGAGUCCUUCAUAAAACCUUCAUUUAGCGUGCAGGCAAUGUUUUUAUGUCACAAGUGUAAAAAUAAGCAUUCUUCCAGGUCAUAGUCCAAACUAAGACCUCAUAGGCGGUUUUAGAGAUUGAGUUUUCUUCCUUGGACCCGAAAAGAGCAGAAACUGUGCAGGCCACUCAGUAUAAAUACUUCAUAUCACCUCACUGUAAAAUGGAUGAACGUGACCUUCUUGACUGGUGGUCUUCUUGUGCUUUGUUUACUUAAAAUUGCUAUGUUUAUUUAUAUUUUAUGAUCAUUAUUAAUAUAGAAAACAUCGGUAGAGGAGCAUCUUUUUUACCAUAUAGUAGAAUAAAACUAGUAAGUACCGUAAUUCAUUGGUUUUAGUGCUUUGUUUACUUAAAAUUGCUAUGUUUAUUCAUAUUUUAUGAUCAUUAUUGUUUAUAUUUAAAUAUUGAAAACAUCAGUAGAGGAGCAUUUUUUUACAAUAUAGCAGAAUAAAACUAGUAAGUACCGUAAUUCAUUGGUUUUAGUGCUUUAUGUUGUCUUUGUUUAUUAACCUCAGUGCCAAUAUAAUCCAAUCUAUGCAUUUUAGUGAUAUAAUAAUGCAGUAUUAUAAUAUAAUAAAAUACAAUAUCUAUAUAUAUGGCAUCCAAUGCAUAUCAAACACUUUCUUUAUUUGCUGUCAGCGCCACUUUUACAUCAGUAUCAAAUAUCCGAGUUCACCGACGCCUUCGAUUCAAAGCAGAUGUGCCAACUUCACCUUCACUCACGCUUCCUCCCCUCCGUGUUUACGUCGACGGAUUCAAAGUGGCAAACUUCACAGCGGUGUCUCGCUGAGGUCAUGCGGAAUAUUAGUCAGACCGGGAGGGGCGGCCAGUGUCGAAAAGCGGAAAGAGAAGAGAGAGUGUUUUUUUUUUUUUCUUGCUCUCUUUCGCUAAAUAUGUCUGCCCUACUUUUCUUUGGAUGCUUUCAAGUGUGUGUUUUUUGUCUGAUGUUCACAGCCUCUCUCGCUCUCUCUCGCCCUUUUACUCACACCGCACUGAACAUUUUUCUGUCUUAUAUGAGAUAUAGUGGUACACAAAAUAAAAAAAAUAUUAAACUUUUGAGAGUUUUUAAGGCGUAAAAAUAAGCAACAGUAAUGUAUCUGUGGCGGUCAGAGAUCUACACCAUCCAGGGCAACUCCCACGGCGCCCCCUGUUAUCUUCCCUUCCUCUACGAUGGCCAGUGGUUCCACAACUGCACCAGCAUCGGCCGCGAGGACGGCCACCUGUGGUGCGCCACCACUUACGACUACGCCACCGACGAACGCUGGGGCUUCUGUCCCGUCAAUAGCGGCGGCUGCGAGACGUUCUGGGACACGGACCCGCUGACGGACAGCUGCUACCAGUUUAACUUCCAGUCCACGCUGUCGUGGAGCGAGGCCCGCAUCAGCUGCCAGCAGCAGGGGGCCGACCUUCUCAGCGUCACUAAGCUCCACGAGCAGACCUACAUCAACGGCUUGUUGACGGGCUACAGCGCCGCCUUGUGGAUCGGCCUCAACGACCUGGACGUCAACAGCGGCUGGCAGUGGGCGGACUCCUCGCCGCUCAAAUAUCUCAACUGGGAGCAAGACCAACCAAACCACGACGAAGAGGAGAACUGCGUGGUGAUUCGGACGGAGUCAUCGGGUCGUUGGCAGAAUCGCGAUUGCUCCGACGCCCUUCCUUACGUCUGCAAGAAGAGGCCCAACGCCACCAUGGACCCUUUCACCACCGACUCGUGGACAAACGACGAGAAGUACGAAUGCGACGUGGGCUGGCAGGCCUUCCAGGCGGGCUGCUACAAGGUGAUCUCGGAGAAGAGCGAAUGGGAGGCGGCGCUGAGAACGUGUCAGAAGAUGGAGGCCAACCUCGCCAGCAUCCACACGCUGCCGGAGUUGGAGUUCAUCAUACGUGACAUCAAGAAAGACACGGAGCAGCUGUGGAUCGGCCUCCACGACACGGCCAUGCAGAUGGACUUCCAGUGGAGCGACCACACGCCCGUCAUCUUCACCCACUGGCACCCCUACGAACCCAACAACUUCCGUAACACUCAGGAGGACUGCGUGUCCAUGUGGGGAGCCGCGGGUCGCUGGGACGACAACCCCUGUAACCUGACGCUGCCCGCCAUCUGUAAGAAGGCCGCCAUUAAGAGUGACGGGACGCCUCGACAGCAGGACUGCAAACAGGGCUGGAAGUGGCACAGUCCAUUUUGUUACUGGGUGUCGGAGGAUCUGCGCACCUUCGCUGACGCCAGGAGGUCAUGCGAGGACAACAAGGCGGCGCUGCUAACCAUCACCAACCGGUUCGAACAGGCCUUCGCCAACAGUCUGGUGUUCGGCCGUUCUGGAGAUUCCUUCUGGAUCGGCCUUCACGACGAAGGCAGCCCCGCCUCCUACCACUGGCUGAGCGGGGAGAAAGUGUCCUACACCAACUGGAACCGAGACCAGCCCGUCAGUGUCCUGGGCGGCUGCGUCACCAUGGCGACCGGCGCGGCCACCGGCCUGUGGGAGGUGAGGGAGUGUGCGGUGUCCAAGGCCAAGUACAUCUGCCGUCAGAACCCGGACGCCGCCGUGAGCCCCGAGCCCCCCUCGCCGCCGCCUACACCCAGCUUGAGCGGAUCCUGUCCCAACGGCUGGAAAAGCGACAGCAACCUGCGCUACUGCUACAAGGUGUUCCACUCGUCCCAGCUGGAGCAGAAGAUGAGCUGGCUUCAGGCUCACCUGUUCUGCCGCAAACACGGCGCUGACCUGCUGAGCAUCAGCGGCCCGGAAGAGGAGCACUUUGUUCUCCAAGUCCUGCACGAGACCUUUGGGGAGUCCGAAGACCACGAGCAGCACUGGUUUUGGAUCGGGCUGAACCGCAGGAACCCCACGGACAGCGGGAGCUGGAAGUGGAGCGACGGACUUGCUCUCACGUACCAGAACUUUGGUCGCUACUACUACAACGUCAGGCAGUGCGCUGCAGCGGACUUGGGCUCCAUGACCUGGUUGGCUAUGCACUGUGACUCGGAGUUGGACUGGAUCUGCAAGAUCCCAAGAGGCAGCGUUGAGAAAGAGCCAGAAGCUGCUGAAGGCACCAGUUCGCCGGAGUGGAUCGGCUUCCAGGAGGCCGAGUACAAGUUCUUUGACCACCGCACCACGUGGGACCAGGCGCAGAGGAUUUGCUCCUGGUUUGACUCCUCGCUGGCCUCCGUCCACUCGGCUCAGGAGGAGAAGUUUCUGGCCAGCACGCUAAACCAGAUGGUGAAGGCGGAGGGCGACAACUGGUGGCUGGGCCUUCACACCUACGACAACGACGGGCGCUUCCACUGGUCCGACCAUUCUGUGCUCAACUACGUGUCCUGGGCCACCGAGAGGCCACGCCCACUCAGUCGUGACCGCCGAUGUGUACACAUGACCGCCAGUAAAGCGGAAUGGGCCGAACAGAAGUGCCCCUCGGACCUGCCCUACAUAUGCAAGAGGGUCAACGUCACUGGCACCGCCCCCCCGACCCCAUCGUCGCCCCACCCGCCAUCAGGCUGCCCCGACGGGUGGUCGUCCUAUCAACGCAAGUGUUUUCGGGUGUUUGACCAGUCCCAGCGGGCCACGUGGUCUGCAGCCAAAAUCAAAUGUGAACUGCAAGGCGGCGUCCUGGCGGUGGUGUCCAAUCACCUGGAGCAAGCCUUCGUCACCACCCUGCUGUACAACGCCACCAUCGACCUCUGGCUGGGCCUGACCUCUGACGCCAAAGGUCAUUUCCAGUGGGCCCAGCCCGGCCUGCUCGGCUACACCAACUGGGCUCCGGGGCAGCCGCUCGACAACAGCGGACCCCACCACAACAAAACCCCGGGGAACUGCGUGACCGUGAUUCACGGGAACCCUCAGAGGAACAAGGGACUGUGGGCGUCGCGGGCGUGUGAGGCGGAAAGUAACGGCUUCCUGUGUCAGAGGCAUCAAGAUCCAGGACUUCCUGCAGCGCCAGACCUCAUCCCAGCCUCCCUGUCCAAGCGCUUAGACCUGGGCGGGGUCACCUACCAGCUGGUGGAGAAGCGUCUGGACUGGACGGGCGCUCUCCAUCUGUGUAAUUCUCUAAACGGGACCUUGGCGGCGCCCAGGGACCCCGUGGAGCAGGCGUACCUGACGCUGCUCAUCAACAGUCUGAGGCGGCCGGCGUGGAUCGCUUUGUACAACUACGGCGGGCGGAGCUUCUCCUGGCUGGGCGAAGUGGAAUUAUCUUAUUCUAACUGGGUGGAGGGACAGCCCAAUCAGCUGUCAGGCUGCGGUCACAUGACCACCACCGGCCUGUGGACCAUGACGCCAUGUGAUGCUAAACUGGACGCUGCUAUAUGUCAACUUAGCGAUGAGCCAGCGUCACACCAGUGGAUCUACCCAGGAAGCUGCCCCCGCACGGUGGGGGAGUGGGCGUGGGUGUCCUUCAGGAACCACUGUUACGCCUUCAACCUGCAGAGAAUGAAGCUCCAGCAGGACGCUCGUUUGUCCUGCGAGAAAGUCGGAGCCGAGCUUCUCUCCAUCUUGGACGAGACGGAGAACGCGUUUGUGUGGGAGCACAUCCAGAGCAACGCGGAGCAGGCCCACGGAGCCUGGCUGGGAAUCAGCGUCAAAGGGCGGGGUCUGGUGUGGAGCGAGGAAACGGAGAUGUCGUACACCAACUGGGAAGCUCACGACGUUGCCUUCUCCGUUCUCUCGCCCAAUUCCUGCUUCUGGAUCCAGAGCAACAGCGGACUGUGGAAGCCCGGCUCGUGCAGGAAUCGAACGCACGGAGUCAUCUGCAAACGGCCGAGAAUGAUGGAGUCGUCGUCUGAAUCCAUGGGCGGCGACCACCUGCCCACGCUGAUCGUUGUCAUGGUGACGGGCGUGGUGCUGGCCGUGCUGAUCGUGGGCGUCGUCUACCUGUACCGGCGGCGAGGCGUGGGCUCACGGGGGUCCUACGACGGCGCCCGCUACAGCCGCACCCACUCAGGCCAGGGCGAGCAGAUUGAGAAGAACAUCCUGGUGUCGGACAUGGAGCUCAACGAGCAACCCGAGUAGAGAGAGAGAGGAACCCGGACCAGACUGGACCUUUUUCAACUGUUUUGAUGUCGAAACCAAAAAAAGAAGAGAAAAAAGAGAAACGCCCCCUUAAAAGAGAAAGAAAAAGUGACGGGCUGCGUAGAGCGCAGCAGCAUCAUCCUCAGAAGCUUCCUUCCACUCGGACACGUCAGCACCAGCCGAGAAGAAGAAGAAGGAGGAGAACGAGGAGGAGGAGGAGUAGGAGGAGGUCCAUAAAGUGAGCAUAAAUCUCACAAGAGGAUCAUGAAAUGAUCAUCAUCCAUUUUGGCACUUUUUCUUUGACUUUUACACAACAACAGCAUUGGCUUUUUGGGCUUUUUCAUGUAUGUUUUGGCUUCCGCCUGGACCUGAGUCAGCAUUUUUACCCCCCUUUUUAAAGCCCCACUCCCACCCCCCCGACCACCCGACCCCCAGACCCCCGGGGUUUGUCACUUUUAUGCACCUCUUUUCACGUCUAUUUAUGUCCCAUGUCAACAUUUUUCUCUUUCUUUGUGGCUUUUUGGACAUUUUUCUUCUUCUUUUUUUUUUUUUUUAACUCUCCCACUAAGAAAAACACGGCUCUGCUCCCCUCCUAUGUGCAGGACACCAAUGUAAAUACCAAAAAAAACACUCCACUGGUGUUUUUUUUACCCCCCAAAAAGCAGAUUUUGGAGCAUUACAGUGAUUCCUCUUAACGUCUGCGAGAAUGCUUUGGAGCUGUUUUCCUUUUUUUUCUUUUGGGGGGGGGGGUGGACCAACAUGAGAGGGGAUGUGGGUGGAAGAGAAGGUGUGUGUGUGUGUGUGUGUGUAGUCUCCAGCUGUGGAAUGUUGAGUCGGCAAGAAGAAGCCCAGUGGCACGUCUGGAACCAAUCAGAAAUUAGAGACG